CUAGAUUUUUCUAGAUACUUAAUUAGAUAUUUUUCAAGUAAAUUCUAGAUAUUGUUUUGUUUAGAUUUUUCUACACACUUUACUACUAGAUUUUUAUAUGGUACAUUCUAGAUUUAAAUUUUUCUAGAUUAACAUUUUAACAUGAAACAGAGGACAUCGACAGUAAAAUAGGGGAAGCAGAGACGAAGGAGAAAGUGUAGAAACAGUACAAUGCAGAGAUGGACAACAGAAGUGGUCAGUAGUGUUGAUUGCUGAAUUAUGUGGCUUUUUCCAAAUCCAAAUCAAGAUUUAAAAAAUGAUGGGAUAGAUCGAGGAUUUCUAGUUUUCUACCCCUAACACAAAUUCCUUCUUUACCCUCCAAAAGACCAAAACUUGGCUACAUAAAUACCCAAAUACACCCAUCUUGAUCUAACCCAAAAAAAACACUCACAAUAAUGCAGACCGCAAAUCCAAAACCGCACGUAGUAAUAAUCCCAAGCCCAGGGAUGGGCCACCUUAUCCCUCUGGUUGAGUUUGCCAAGCUCCUCCACUUCCACCACCACUUCUCAGUCUCUCUCCUCCUUCCCACCUCCACCCCUCCCACCGCCGCUCAAACCACCUUCCUCUCCACCCUACCUCCUGCCAUCUCCCCAACGUUUCUCCCCUGUGUCGACCCCUCUCUUAUACCUCACAACGUAGCCCAUGAAGUUACUAUCAAUCUCGUCCACAAACAUUCUCUUUCCUACGUUCGAUCCGCCCUCUCUUCUCUCUCCAACGUCGUCGCCGUCGUCGCCGACAUCUUCGGCACAGACUACUUUGACGUUGCACGCGAGUUCAGUAUCCCACCUUACUUGUACUUCACUACUAAUGCUUUCUGCUUAAUGUUCUUCUUCCAUUUCCCUAGCUUGCACGAAACGGUGUCGUGUGAGUACCGUGAUAUGGUGGAACCCCUGGUUCUGCCAGGGUGUGUGCCGCUCUACGGUAAAGAUUUUGUUGAUCCUACUCAGGACCGUCAGGAUCAGGUCUAUCAAGUGUUUCUCAAUACAAUCAAGAGGUAUAUAUUCGCUGAGGGUAUUUUCGUCAACACGUUUUUGGAUCUUGAACCAGCUGCAAUAAACGCUUUAAAAACCGAAGAUCCGAACAGGCCUGAAAUUUACCCGGUCGGGCCGUUGAUUCAAUCCGGGUUGGGUGGCGAUCCGGACGAGGGGCAAGAGUGUUUGAGUUGGUUGGACCGGCAGCCACCCAGUUCGGUGUUGUUUGUUUCUUUUGGGAGUGGAGGGACUUUAACUCAUGAACAGAUGAAUGAAUUGGCUAUUGGGUUAGAAAAGAGUGGGCAAAGGUUUUUGUGGGUGAUUAGAGCUCCUAGUAAUUCAACAUUUGGGUCAUUUUUUACCCAAGGUAGUAACAAAGAUGAUUCCUUUGGAUUUCUACCAGAGGGGUACUUGGAUAGGAUCAAGGAUCGCGGACUUUUGGUACCUUCUUGGGCCCCACAAAUAAAGGUUUUGACCCACGAGUCAACGGAUGGUUUUCUGAGUCAUUGUGGGUGGAACUCGACUUUGGAGAGUAUUGUGUACGGAGUGCCCUUGAUUGCGUGGCCACUCUAUGCAGAGCAAAGGAUGAAUGCUGUAAUGCUUAACGAAGGGCUUAAGGUGGCAUUACGGCCUAAGGCUAAAGAAAGUGGCCUCGUCGAAGCAGACGAGAUAGCUAGAGUUGUUAAUGAGUUGAUGGACGGCGGGGAAGGCAAGAAAGUAAGAGAACGGAUGAAAGAGUUCAGUGAAUUAGCUAGAAACACAAGGAGUGAGGAUGGGGAGUCUACCAAAAUUCUUAGUCAAAUUGCUAAAAAAUGGAGUCAAAAUAGUUAACCUAUAACUCCAAAAAUGAUUAGUGAAUAUUGCUUACGUGGUUAACUUUUGUUUACUGGCAACGAAUCUAAUAUACAUAUAUAAAUGAGGCAUAUUUGCUGAAA